AUGCUCUCUGCCCUUCUGCAGCAGCAGAGCUCUGCGGCCUACAAUCCGAGCCCCCAAGCCUUCUACGGCCCGGUCGGCGGCGGUUUCCCAGCGUCCUCGUCCUCGUCCUCGCCCUCUCCCAAACAACACUCCCACCACAACAGCCAGAGCCACCAGCACCAGCAGCAGCACCAGCACGCGUUCCCGGCGCAGCACGUGGACGCCGCCGCUCACUACUCCCAGCCUCACCGCAGCGCUGGCGGCAGCGAUGGCGUCAGGUCACCAUCCGCGGCGUCGGGAGGGAACGUGAUGCAGCAAUACCAGCCCCCGAGCGCGAACGGCACUCCAUACGCUGGUAGCGGCAGCGGCAGUGGCAGUAGCAGUGGUGAGUUUGGCCCCUGUCGUUUUGUUCGCGGAUCAUUAUUGUCCGCCCGUCCAGACGACGACACGACACGACACACGCGCACCUGCGCACACACACACAUCUUCUCUGCCGACCUUAGCGCUGGCCCUUCGCGCAUCCAACCCUAUGAUGACGGGAGCACAGGCGGGAUCGCCAAGCCUCCCUGCUAAGGGCUAAGGUAGCGAGCGACGAGCGCUGACGAGCCAGUGAUCGCAGCAGGCCCGCAGUACCACUUCCCUUCCGCUCCCUACACCCAUCCCGUACCUGCACAAGCGCCGUCAUUGGCACACCAGUUCGUCGGCCAGCAGCAGCACCACCACGACCCCAGACCCAGCGCUUCUCCGCAGCUGCACCUGUCGCCGCAUGCCGGCCAGCCUCACCAGCGGGAACAGCAGCCUACGCCGCCCAGCAAAUAUCCAAUGGCCGCCCCGCCUCUACCGCACACGCCCACCAGUCAACCCCAGUCGGCGACGAGCAACAACGCGCUCGCCUCGCCCCAGUCGCCGCAGUCGCCGGGCAGUCAGAAUCGAGAACAACAGCGGAUAAACAUUCUCUUCGAGAUCAACGUCACCCUUCUCCAAGAGGUAAACAAAUUACAGGCUGAAGGCCAUGGAGGUGCUAUCAGCCCCCAGCAGGCGAUGCAGCUGAGGAGCGAAGGCAAGCCGGACAAAAUGGCCUCGGAAGAGUAUAUCCAGUGUCUAAGGCGGGUCCAGGCGAACCUGUCCUACCUCGCGCCCAAAGCGUCCGCAGAUGCAAGUGGCGGCGCUGCAAAACCACGACCUGCCGGGCCUGCACACAUGACGCCUCCGCCGCACAUGCCUCACUUGCUGCCGAAGUAUGAGCAACUCAAAGAGCUUUUCCCUGGCUGGCAGGGCUUCGACCAGCGCCCCCCACAGUCCUCUUCUCCGGGUCCGAACUCGGCGAAUGGAAUGACAGCAGCGCCAGCGCAGGCGCAGGCGUGA